ACAACUAUACAAGUUUGCUAAUUUCAAAGCUAAAUAAUUUGAAGUAAGAAGAAUGCAUCCGAUAUUUGGGAGAGUAGUGGCGGAGUGGUCAUCUCCGUCGCAGCAAAUCUCCUCGCCGGCGCCGUUUCUGUAUUGCGUGCACCUUAAUGGAAGCGACGAUUUGACUCUCAGAGUUGUCGCCACCGAUUUUCAGAGCAAUACAUUUCAGGUCAUUAGGUCUCGCCAUCAGCUCGAAGACUUGAGAGAUGAUAUAGGGAUUGGUGGCUCAUGGUCUGAGUUUAUCGACUACAUCACGACUUCCCUAAAAUCAGGAGAUGUGAAGCUUGUCUUGGAUGGUGUAUCAGAAUUGGGAGGUGCUUCUCAGGCAAAAUUAAUCUGCCAAAAAGCAAAAGGAAUGCCACGGAUCUUGUUAGCCCUUUGUAAGCUCGUCAAUGGUGCUGCUAGUGAGGAAAUGGCAAUUCUUUCGCUCGAACUAUACAAUGGUUUCAAGGACACUGAGUGUUCACUUGCAGAAGAGAAAGGGAGCAAAUAUCACUUGCAAAAAGCUCUAGCUACUGAACAGGAGAAGAAUGCUGAUCUCCAGAAGCAAUUAAGCAUGACAUUUUACUCAGGAAAGCACAAGUCACAGAAAAUAAAUGACAGAAAAGACCAAGGUUCUUCAUCUGCUAUAGUUUCAGCAGAGUCACCAGACAAGAAAACUGCUUCUGACACAAACGCAAGAAAGGGAACUAACCGUGUUGUACCGGCAUACCGCAGGUCUAAAGUAAGAGGAGCUAUUUUAAAUGACACCGAAGAUGAUGCGUAGAAUUUCAAAGCAUCAUGGCAACAUGUCUUUGUAUCAUGUUCAUUACACAGUGUCACAAGUUGAUAGUUCUCGAUAUCAACCGACGCUCAGUGGUUGGAGUACUGAGUCUUGCUGUGCGUUAGUGGAUUUUAUUUUUAAAUAGGAAAUGGAAAUAUCUCACAGGCAGCAUCUUCUGAUGUGAAUUUUAACUGCUAGUACAUGUUCUUGUGACAAUUUUUCUUGUCUUUUUAUCAUUUGUUAUUACUAGAAAUGAAAUUGGAACAAUCUGGACCAUCUGGAA